AUGCCUCCUCUCAGAUCAUCAGCUUCUCUACCUACUCUCUUGACACUCACAAGACUAUUUCACGCCAUACCCAAACGGUCUGAAUGGGUCCUUUCAGCAGGAUCACCUCCUCCCAUAGAGCCUGAAGACCCACCUGACAGUCCCGCAUUCUGGUGGAAAUUGGGGUUGAGUGUCGUCUUCGUGCUGUCAGGCGGUGUUUUCGCAGGCUUAACAUUGGCUUUGAUGGGAUCUGAUGAUUUGAAUUUGAGAGUGUUAGCAACUUCCUCUGAAGAUCCAAAAGAAAGGAAAGCCGCUGGGAAAGUAUUGAAAUUGCUGUCAAGAGGUAGACAUUGGGUACUGGUCGUUCUUCUACUUGGUAACGUUAUUGUCAACGAAUCUUUACCGAUCUUUUUAGACGAUGUACUAGGAGGAGGAUUAUACGCAGUCAUAGUAUCAACUACUAUGAUCGUCAUUUUCGGCGAAAUCAUUCCGCAAGCUGUAUGUGUAAGGUACGGAUUAGCCAUUGGAGGCGCAUGCGCUACGAUGGUUUGGGGAUUCAUGAUACUAUUCUCACCUAUCGCUUGGCCAACCGCCAAAUUAUUGGAUUACAUCUUGGGUACCGAUGAAGGUCAUACUUACAAGAAGGCCGAAUUGAAGUCGUUCCUGCAGUUCCAUAGGGAAGGUGAAGAACCUCUUCGAGAUGACGAAAUUGGCAUUCUCAAUGGUGUAUUGUCGUUAAACGACAAACACGCUCAAGAGAUAAUGACACCCAUUAAAGAUUGUUUGACAUUACCAGCAGAUAAGAUCUUGGAUCAUGAAGCCAUAGACCACAUCUUAUUGUCUGGUUUCUCCAGAAUUCCAGUAUAUGAACCAGGACAGAAAGACAACUUUGUAGGGAUGUUAUUGGUUAAACGUCUUAUCACCUAUAACCCCGAUGAUGAAUGGCCCGUAUCAAAAUUCUCAUUAUUACCUCUUCCAGAAGCUAAACCUGAAAUCAACUGUUUCCAGGCUCUUGACUACUUUCAAACGGGUCGUGCACAUUUAUUGCUGAUCAGUAAUACCCCAGGUCAAAAAGGAGGAGCUAUAGGAAUUGUCAGCUUGGAAGAUUUGAUCGAGGAGAUCAUCGGCGAAGAAAUCGUUGACGAAACUGAUCGAUAUGAGGAUAACCACUCAAAGAAGAUGGCCAAACGAUCUGGACCGGCUGCUGUUAUGCGUGGUAUCAUCGAGAGAAGACGGGUGAUCAAUGCCUUCAGUCGACGACCUUCGUCAAAUCAAACCAACACCGUUACUGGUCAAGCCCAUAACACUAUUUCUGUCCCUGCUAAUGGAAAUAGCUCGUCCACAAACGGCAACGGAAAUACAGUUGAUGGAAUCUUGAUACAAAUCGACAAUGGCAACCUCAUAGCUGAACCUGUUGGUUUCAGUGAAGACACUGAAGAAACCGCCUUAUCUGUUGAUCCAAGUAAGAAAUUAGUUGUCGGAGAUGAAGAUGGGAAAACACCUGAAAACUUGAUGGACACGAUAGAUGAGGCCGCCACUACAAGUCCAUCUAAAGAAGAAGAUAUAAGCGUCAAAGUAAAUGUAGGAGACAAGGACACUCUUUCACCAAAUCCACAAGAACAGGACGACGAUGUAAGUGGUAGUGGCAGUGGUAGUGGGACGGUCAGUGGGAAUGUCAGUGAAUUGGAGACAACACCGAUAAAUGGUGAGAAUGGACAAAACAAGAAAAAGAAGAAGAAGGGAAAGAAAGGAAAGAAAUCAAGUAGUUAG